ACCUUGAGAAAACCUAUUUCAGCCAUAAUUUCCUCCCAAUAGGGUCGUUUUUUGCUUGUUCCUCUCGAAGUGCCAUCACCAGGUUGUCUUAGCAUUCAGGCUAGUACGUACGUCGACCCUCGCUAAGCUUCGUGAACACUCCUUUAAAAUGGCUACGUGCACCUCGUGCUCGCUUUCUAGCCUUUCCGUUGCAUCUGGAACAGCUAGUCUCAGACGGCUUCAACGACCUGCAGCCGUCCCUGUCUUGCCGGCCCGGAGAUCAGUGGCUGUGCGAGCUGCGAAGCUUCCUGCAGGGGUACCGUCACCAAAGGUGGAGCCCAACAUUCCGAAGCCUUUCUGGGGAUUCACCGAGAAUGCGGAGACGUGGAACUCGCGAGCAGCCAUGAUUGGACUGAUUGGCAUCACCAUCGUUGAAGCGAUUGCUCGCAAAGGAAUCCUAGAGCUACUUGGAUUGGAGAUUGGCAACGGCUUGGAUCUUCCCUUCUAAAGAAUUGCCAUAAGCUUUUGACAACAGUUCUUACAGUUUUUUUUUCUCCCAAUAUUAUCUGCUUCUGAGAGUCUAUGUAAGUUUAUCAUGGCCACAACCAGCAGUGUCUGGAGCAUGCAUUGAGUAGUACGGUAUGCCAUAGACAGGUAUGGAGAAUCUUUUCAUUGAAGAAGAUGACCAUUACUUACCAGAUUCAUUAUGUACAUGUUUCCAAUUUUAGCCAGCCUCCAGUCCAGCCAAAAUUGAGCACAGCUCCUGCCCAGUGCAAUGCUCCAGAAAAAAAAGUUGAAGCAGCUAU